AUGGUUCGUAUGAAUAAAAUAUUUUUCCUUUGCUUUACAAUAUUAUUGACGAUCUUUGGUGUUCAUACGUCUACUACUACAUUGAUAUCUUCUGUCAAUUCAGAUAACAACACAACCGGAAAUAAUACUAGCAAUGCACGACUUUUGAAUAAUAAUCAUGUGACAAUCGCAACAGCUACUGGUUGUUUUUCAUCAGAUACAUUAGUUACAUUAGUUAAUCAACAACAAAUUUUAAUAGGAAAACUUCAAGUUGGUGAUAAAUUACUUAGCAUUGAUGGAACUAAAAUUGUUUCUACUGAAAUGAUGAUGAUGCUUGAUCAAAAUAAAUUUUCAUCAGCAAUGUUUCAUACUAUUGUUACUGAAUCGCAACAUAAAAUAAGUCUUACAAGUUAUCAUUUAAUAUCAACGAUAAAUAACAAUGGAGAUAUUAUCUAUAUACCAGCAAAAGAUAUUAAACAUGGAGAUUUUAUUCGUGUUGUCACAAAUCAACAAAUUUAUUCAUCAUCUGUUAUUAAUAUAACAAUUGAAAUGAAAAAUGGAUAUUAUGCUCCAUUAACUAUAAUUGGUAAAUUGUUAGUAAAUAAUAUUGAUGCAAGUUGUUAUUCAAAUGUUAAAAAUCAUAAUAUUAUACAAUUUUUUAUGACUCCUUUUAUUUGGUAUUAUAGAUUAUGUCGAUUAUUCUCUAUUGAAAAACCAUUUGGUGAUCAAACUAUUGAUGGAAUACAUUAUAUACCACAGAUUUUAUAUGAGAUAGUUCAAUCAAUUUAUCCGUCGAUUUUGCAUUUCACUUAA